CUUGGCAGGCGGGGAAACGGGUAGUACCGAAAUUGCGGAAUUCGUAACGCCAGUGCGGGUAAAAAAGUGUAUGUAAAACUGGCCGCAAAAGAAGCACACGAAAACACAACUAUUGUUGGCCAUCAUGGCCUUCGAUGGUUUCGUUCGACUUUUCUCUUGGCUAUCCCGGCACUUGGUCUCGAGCCAUCGUCGCCAACGGUCGCGCUCAACAAAUAGCGGAUUUCACGCCACGGAUUAAAGUGCCGAACCAAAGGAUACCCCUUGCUUUAGUUUCGUUUGCCCGUAAACAUGGUUAGCGCAUCAUACUGGAAGUUGGCCGUUAGCUUGAGCGUUUUCGGUUCUAUCUGCCUGAUACCAGACUCCCACGGGGCGUAUACUCGCGAAAUUGUUAACGACAAGCUGCCGUUGCAGGAGAGGCCCCCGUGGCUGCAGACGUGCAAACGCUCUAAUCCGAAUGAGGACAAGUGCUUUCGGCAACUCUUCGAGGGAUGCUUUCCGGCACUAGCCGCCGGAAUUCCGGAGAUCGGGGUAAAGAGUUUCGAGCCCCUAAACAUUGACCAGGUGUCGGUGUCCAAGGGCAGUGGCAACCUGGUGCUCUCCGGAGGAUUUCAGGACUUGGUCAUCCGGGGACCGUCCAACGCGACUGUGCGACGAGCCAGCUUGGAUCUUGAGCGGCGCCUGCUAAACUUCGAGCUGGAGCUACCAAGGCUUAGAAUCCGGGCCAAGUACAACCUGAAAGGAAAUAUCCUACUUUUACCUCUUGUGGGCAAUGGAGACGUGGCUAUGGCGCUGAAGAACGUACACACAACCGUGUACACAAGGAUCUCUCUACGGAACGAGACUCGCACGGGCGACGAGAUCAUCCAUAUUGAUGAAAUGAAGGUGGGCUUCGAUGUGGGCGCCAUGAGAAUCCACCUAAAGAAUCUAUUCAACGGAAACGAAAUUCUGGCGGCAUCGAUUAACUCGUUUCUCAAUCAGAACGGCAAAGAGGUGAUAGCGGAGCUGCGACCAGACUUGGAACUGGGACUGGCGGACAUCUUUCAUGGACUGUGGAACAAUGUCUUCUCCAAGAUGCCCACCAAACUUUGGCUGGUUCAGUGAUCUUCAGGACCACGUCCGCCGU